GCAAUUGAAAACACAAAUUCAAAUGUUUACCAAACUACAAUUAUCCUACUCACUGGCUUAUACUCCUGUAGUGACACUAUUUGAUGAGGCCUGAUAUUAAAAUAAUACCAAUAAAGUUGCCAAGCAAGAAUCGGCGUGAUGUCUAGUGCUGUUGAAGAAAGCAAUGCAAUCCCCCGAUAUAUGGCAUUCUCUCAGAGGAUUUUAAAUGAAUUAAACGUUGUUAGUAUUGACCACUGCUAUUCAAAGCCAUGGAGCUCUCAUCCAGAUGCAAGCAAUGCUCGGCCUUUGCAAAUGCUUUUUAUGGACAAACAUACUUUUCCAGUAAAUGAAGACAAAACAAAACCAACAGAUGAAAUCGAUGUUGCUAUGGAUGAGGAUGUAGCACCUGCCAUGUAUGAUGUAUCAAAAGCCAAAGCUCUGAUGUUAGACUGUGAGAGACAAGUAAAUCUGUUGUGUCCUGAUCACGCAGAUGAUGGGGAUGAAUGGGAAGAUCACAUUGCAGCUGCCAGAACUUCAUGGUCAGUUUUACAGAACAGAAUAUUUGCUAAAGGAAUGAGAGUACUCCAAGCAGACAGACUUGCUCGAUUGUCUAUUCAAGGGAUGAAGAAUGAGCCAGUACAGAGAAGGCUACAAAUUGACAAAGCUGCUAAAAGAAUAAGAUUUGCAUUUGCCAAUACUGGCUGGGACUUAAAUCUCAUUAUGUGGCUUCAUAAUAUCUUUUUGGAACAUCUUCGAGGACAAUUACUCACAUCAUAUCUUGAAGUCUUACAGACCCUGAAAGUAAAAAUUCCCUCACUCGUUGACCGUCUGGUACAAGGCACAAAUCAAGGAGUUUUUACAGCAGAAUCACUCGGGGGACUGAUGAAAAGAACAUGGGAUCCACUGUUAUCUACCACCAAUCAACCAAAACUGAAGAAACUACCAGACAAUCCUCUGCUGCUGGUAAUUCCAAGUGCACCAUUGUCACCAUCUAACCCAGUGGCUCUCAAGAGGACCAAGUUCUGGCACCACCAGCUGUCUGCUAUGGGGAAGGUCAUCAAUGUUGUACCUAUCAACAGUAUCACUCCCAACAUGACUGUAUCAAGCUGUGUGGAGAAUAUGAUUACUUCGACUAGAUCCAAAAUAUUAGAGAUGAAAAGUCAUUUCCCAGGGCGACCAAUUGUUUUGGUUGGCUGGCAUGUUGGAUCAUUAGUUGCUACACAUGUGGCCCAAAUGGAGACAGUGAGUGGCAUUGUGUGUUUAGGUUUCCCUACCAUGGGAGUCAAUGGGAAUCGUGGAGAAAUUGAUGACCAAAUUUUCAACUGUAAAACCCCGACACUGUUUAUUGUUGGUCACAACGCCAGCUCCAGCCAACUGGACACCAUCGAGGACAUCCGUGAGAGACUGCGAGUGGAGACAGGUCUAGUGCUGGUGGGAGGGGCGGAUGACCAACUGAGGAUGUGUCAGUCCAAGAAACGCAGCUGUGGCGUCACUCAAGCUAUGGUAGACAGGUGUAUCUUGGAUGAGGUGUUCCAGUUUUUGGGAAAUGUUUUAUCCCAAGUGACUCUCCAGCCAGAUAAUAGUGAUGAUGUUGAACUAGGCAAAAAGCAGAGGAAACGCAAGCAGAAAGAAAUCACAACAGCAGCUGGCUCACAGACAAGUGAAAAUGGAUCAUCCACAAUGACAUCUGUUAAACCAAUGAAGACAAUGAAAUUAAGUAAAGGCAACACUGUAGGCUACAAUGGACAGUUGGCCCUUACUGGUAAACUGGCAAAGCGUGUGACUCCCAAGAAAAGACGAGAAGCUCUUGGUGCAGGGUCCCAGCCUAAACCCAUGCUACACAUGAGUUUCCCAGUGGUGGCCUCAGCUGGUGACUCUGCCAAAAGCCUCUCAAGAGUCAGCGAGGCAGCGGCCAUUGCUUCUGCCCCAGAACUUUCCAAUCUCUUACAGAGUAUCAAACCCAGUGAGCAGUUAAAAACCAGCACUGCACCGCCACCUGCAACUGUCAGUAAAGCUAUUGUCACAGUCUCCUCGUCUGCUACCAUCCCAACAACAACCGCGCUGACCUUGUCAAGAUUUCUCGCUUCAUCAGGAUUGUUCCGGACUGGGUCAAUCACAAAACCAUCAGAAAAUCAGUCGGAUGAUUCUGAGACUGGUUCUAAAUCCAGCUGCGAUGUCUCGCCAGAAAAAUCUGACAACCGAGUUGACCCACCCAUGAAACAGCCGCAGAUUCUCAUCCGGACUGGCUCAGCAUCUUCUCCAUUCACCAUCCCACUGACAUUCACCAUGGCCAACAAGGUUCUGAAAGGCGGACCUGUCAUGAAAAUCAGUGGCCUGAACUCACCCAUCAUUCAGCCCAUCUCCACAUCCAGCACGUCAGGCUCUACCACAAGCAACUUCUCUAACGUCCAGACCGUUUCUACUUUAAUACCAGCUUCAUCAAACGUGGCCUUUAACCUCUCAUCCAUCUCCUUAAACAGCCCAGUGGUCAGUAUCUCCAACCCAACCCUUGCAUCAGUGGCUAAUACUCCUUCAAUCAUCAACAUUGGUACAGAUCACUACAUCUCUAAAGAAUCACCACCCAGCACCACACCAAGCACAGUCAGCGUAGAUCUUGGCCACAUCACCACAGCAGCAAGCUCUAGCAAUGUCAAGAUGACCCCCACACCUAAAAUUUCAUUAAUAUCCAAACAGGUCCCCCUUUCAUCAGAGAGCCUGUUCAUGUCUACCCCACAAUCUGAACUGCAGACAAUAGCCACCUUAUCUUCACUCAACCCCUCACAGGUAAAAACUGUCAAACAAACAUCUGCUUCCCCUGGAAUCAGCACCCAGUACAAGUUCCAGACAGCUGUGUCUAAGGACGCCAUCAAGCCCAGCAACCCCUCCAUCAUCUCCCCACUAAUCCUGUCAUCUGGAUUUGCCACCCAGCACUUAUCAUCCACCACCGGCCUGAUCACACUCAAACUCUCCUCCCCCAGCGUCAUCACCCCCACUCCCAACCCCAUACCAGCCAAAGACUCAACCCUCAAGGAAGAGAAGAAAAACUCUGACCAAAAAGACUUGAUCAAUUUUCAAAUUCAGAACAUUGCACUGAAACCUCAGUCAAAGCUUCCAGAAUCUGGGACCAUUAUAUCAACAGUGUCCAAACCCUCCUCGUCAGAGCAGGCUACGUAUUCUGUAGCAGGGAAAACCAUGACUAAACCAACAUCUUUAAUGGUCAACCCAGCCAACAAACACAGCACUGCCCAGAUUGUUUUCCAGUGCCGCACCACCCCCACCAGUGUUCAACAAACUAAGGUAGACUCCCCCAAACACGUCAUAUCUACCUGUACAGAGACCCUGGGUCAGGUCACCUCUAUCUUACCUGCGAGCCCGGUCAGACAGGUGGAGCCAGCGGUGAUGGGGUCAUCAGAUGAGUCAAACAGUGGGACCAAACAAGUCACACCUUCACAGAGCGUUGCACCAUUGCCCUCCACCAGCCACACACACAGCACAAAGAGUUAUACAAAAACAACAACCUCUUCCUACGCCACCACACCCAAAUCUGCACUGCCCACCGUAGCGUCUACGCGGACACGUAGAAUCAAGACUCCUAAACAAUACGACUUGUAGCUGUAUAUGCAUGAUCGUGAGAGUUAAAUAAAAUUACUAGCAAUAUCGUACUAGUAAUAUCAAGAUCAUUAGACAUCAUCUAGUAGCUUACUAGCUGUGUUUAGACACUCAAAAUUUAUUGUAGUUGUUUUUAAGUUGUUUAAACUUUGUUUUUUCAUCACUUGUAAACCUGUAUUAUCAUAAUACUUUAGCUGUUCCAAUUUGUUCAUUUUCAUGGUUUCAAAUAAAUUUCAAAACUCAAAUCCUUGU